AUGUCCAGCACCACCACAGAUGGGUCGAGAUACACUAAUUCACCUGUUAAUCCAACCAUCACCAUAUCACCUACGGAUGGACCCCAAAGGCUGGCAUAUUUCAAUUUGAUUGGGUAUGACCCAGACGACACACCUAAUGUACCAGGUCUCCGUGCUGAAUUCUGGGAUCUGUCCGAUGAGAAAUUGCUGAAUAGAUUGGAUCAAUCUGAGUAUGACAAGUGUCAAGAUGUUUCAAAUGAUCUUGAAGGGCAAAUGGAGUGUUGUGGAUUAUCGAGAUUUGAGGGUAACCUGUUAGAGCUUUGUGCAGGAGCCAAAAGGACUUCUUUACCGUAUUCAGAUGAUCAUCUUGAUCCUGCUCAAUGGUCAAUUGCGAGAAAUGAUUUCGAUGGUUUUCCACAGAAAGUUAUCGAGAAGCAUGAUAGGUUCGGUCCUAUUGCAGAUUCAGUAUUUCUCGUAGCUACUUCGUAUAGAUCGGACCUAGCUGAUAGCAAAUACAUUGAUUUCGCAAAUAAAAUAGUCGUAGCCUGUCAGAGUGAGGAAUCGUCUGUCAAUAGGCGAUUGCAAUUUAUCAAAGAGAGGGUAUCGAUCUAUCAACGAUAUCAUGAAGAAGAACUUGCCAAUUCAAGAAGGGACUCACAAGAGAAUGAACGGUCCGACCGUCGAGAUUCAUGUCAAUCUGCAUCUACCGAAUUUCACGAGUUCGUUGAGAGAGGUAGAAAAUUAAGUAUUCCACAAGGUGAUAAUACCAAAAAUCCCGAGUCGAGAUCCCGUUCAAGAUUAAGGGAUAUUAUCAACACCGAUACUCUACGACGAUCUACCGCAUCGCUGAGAGAUAGGUCUCGGUCUCGUUCGAUCAAUCAUGGAAAUCAUUCGUUAAUCGCUCUCACUCGGGGUACUUUGAAACUGACAUCGGAUCUGCAAGAGGGUAUGGACGAGAUGCCUUCUAGGUUGUGUCAGCCUCUGGAGAGGUUGAUCGACGCUUUGAUGUUUGAGGAUAGUGAUGAACCGGAUCCAAUCUUUAUCAACUAG